AUGCCCUUUGCCAACAUCAACGGCCACUCGCUCCAUUACACAGACAUCGCUCCCGCGGGCGACAAAGAUUCGCGUCUCACCUUAAUAUUCAUCCAUGGUCUGGGUUCGACCCAGAACUAUUACUUCCCCAUCAUCCCUUACCUCACAUCCUACCGAUGCAUCAUUUUUGACAACUACGGAGCCGGGCGCUCCAAGUAUGAUGGAGGCGAAACCUCCAUCACAUCGAUCGCCCGCGACGCACUGGGCCUCCUCGACCACCUCCAAGUCCCCAAGGCAGUCGUGGUAGGAUACUCGAUGGGUGGCAUGGUACCGACCUACCUUGCGUCCAUUUCACCAGACAGAGUUGUGGCAGGAAUUUGCAUCGGUCCGGUCCACCCAAGCGAAAGCGUGGCCAACGUCUUCCAGCAGCGAAUUCCGACGGUGCGACAAGGUGGAGUCGAAACCAUGGCCAACACCAUUCCAAAUGCUGCCACUGGCAGCAAAGCGACCGCCACUCAAAAAGGCUUCAUUCGGGAGAUGCUCAUGUCCCAAGACCCUGAAGGGUACAUUGCUAAUUGCAGGGCCAUUGAGAUAGCCACUCCUCCCGAGUACGCCAAGGUGACAGGUCCAAUGCUCAUCAUCGCCGGCGACCAGGACAAGAGUGCCCCGUUGGCAGGCUGCGAGAAGAUUUUUGGCGAGCUUGGGGCGGAUGCAAAGAGCAAACGGUUGGAGGUCCUGCAAGGCGUUGGCCAUUGGCAUUGUGUCGAGGCACCAGACCUGGUUGGCCCUCUCAUCCGUGACUUUUGCGCGCAAUUGCAAUAG